UUUUUUUACACUAAUUGCUUUAACACCCAUAAAGGCUGUAAAAACAAUAAUUUCUCCUUCUCUCUGGUAGCAUUCUUGCAGCCAUUGAGAAAUACUUUGAGAGCUGUGAUUGGUCACAGCUUGUCACAUGAUACAAGGCUGUUGUGAAUAGCCUUGUACCAUGUGAUCUCUGUGAUCAUUCACAGAUUUCACUAGUAGUAAGCAAUGAUGUCAGGAAGUGACAUCUUGCUUACUACUAUUCAUGUGAUCACUGAUUGGCCAAUCAGUGAUAACAGAAUCGGGACCUCACAUAGAGGUCCCGCACAGUGAUCAGUGUUC